GUGAUGUCACUUCCCCUCUGGACCAGUUAGUUCCCUGGCAUGUCGCCCCUAAAAUGGAAAGAUGAUGGUGCCGGCAAAAGGCCUGAGCGCGCAGAGCAGUAGAGGGCCAGCCAAGAACCACCCCCCUGCAAGCUGCCCGGAGGCCAUCUUCCCCUGUCCCGCCAAGAGGCCUCCCUAAUAACAACCACCAAAAAGAUACAGUUCAGCUCUGAACAUCAAUGGGACCUCAGAUAGGAUCUCUGGACUUCCCAGACUCACAAGGUCAACUGGACACUUCCAUCCUGGAAUCCUAAAAUCAGGAAAUAGUAAACACAGAGAGACCGAGGUGGAUCACACUGUGAUCAGCCCCAGACGCCCCCGGGAGAAGGUUGCUCCGGGAGAGCAGCAGCGCUCGCCGUAUCCAGUCCCUAGCACGUAAUAGUGGCCGCAGCGGACAUUUAUAUUGUGAAGUUUGCACGUUACCAAUAUGUCCUUUGCCUCUCGAGACGGCUCUUUGCAGUGGAGACUCUUAGCACCAUUUUACAAAAGAGGAAACUGAGAAACGAAGUUACUUUUCCAAGGUGAAUAAUCAAGAUGGUGCAUGCUGAAGCCUUUUCUCGUCCCCUGAGUCGGAAUGAAGUUGUUGGUUUAAUUUUCCGCUUGACGAUAUUUGGUGCCGUAACGUAUUUUACCAUAAAGUGGAUGGUAGACGCAAUUGAUCCAACCAGGAAGCAAAAAGUCGAAGCUCAGAAACAGGCAGAAAAACUAAUGAAGCAAAUUGGAGUGAAAAAUGUAAAGCUUUCCGAGUAUGAGAUGAGCAUCGCCGCCCACCUGGUGGACCCGCUUAACAUGCACGUUACUUGGAGUGACAUAGCGGGUCUGGAUGACGUCAUCACUGACCUCAAAGACACCGUCAUCCUGCCUAUCAAGAAGAAGCAUUUGUUUGAAAAUUCCAGACUUCUCCAACCUCCAAAAGGAGUUCUUCUCUAUGGGCCUCCAGGCUGUGGUAAGACAUUGAUCGCCAAGGCUACUGCCAAGGAGGCAGGGUGCCGAUUUAUUAACCUUCAGCCUUCCACCCUGACGGAUAAGUGGUACGGAGAGUCCCAGAAGCUGGCUGCGGCCGUGUUUUCCCUUGCUAUCAAGCUCCAGCCUUCGAUCAUCUUUAUCGAUGAAAUAGACUCUUUCCUCCGAAGCCGUUCUAGUUCGGAUCAUGAAGCUACCGCCAUGAUGAAGGCUCAAUUCAUGAGCCUCUGGGAUGGGCUGGACACAGACUACAGCUGUCAGGUCAUAGUGAUGGGAGCGACCAACCGCCCUCAGGAUCUUGACUCGGCUAUCAUGAGAAGAAUGCCUACGAGGUUUCACAUCAACCAGCCAGCUUUAAAACAGAGAGAGGCCAUCCUGAAGCUGAUUCUCAAGAAUGAAAAUGUGGACAGGCACGUGGACCUCCUAGAAGUCGCCAAAGAAACCGAUGGAUUCUCAGGAAGUGAUUUGAAAGAAAUGUGUCGGGAUGCUGCCCUCCUCUGUGUCCGGGAGUAUGUGAAUUCCGCUUCAGAUGAAUGCCAUGAUGAAGAUGAAAUUCGGCCAGUGCAACAGCAGGACCUGCAGCGGGCGAUCGAGAAGAUGAAGAAAUCAAAGGACGCCGCUUUUCAGAAUGUUUUAACCCACGUUUGUUUAGAUUAAGAGUAAAGCCACUGAAUCAAAGGGCAUCAAACUCUGUGGGGAAGUUCGGUUCCGAGUCCUGUCUCCAGGGCCGCCCCAUCCAUUGUUUUCCGGCUGAGUUUCUCCCUGGUUUUAGCCCUUGUGGGUUGAGCGCGGUGGUCGGCGGCUGGGUGAGAAUUCGGCGUAUUUACGACCCUCGUAGCCGGAUGUGACCCGGACGCGCUGUGAGGCUGACCAGUUGUAACCGAGCGCUCUGGGAUGGCAGAGGGAACCGACUGUCGCGCAAAUGCAACCUCCCGGGCCUCGGGCCGGGCGCUGGGACUAGGGCUGCCGCACUUUCCCCAUGGGCUUCUUUGGGAUCUGCCGUGCCAUUUAAUCCAAGUUCCCAGUUAACGUGGGACUCAUUGUUUCAUUCAAUAACAGCAGACAUUUUUCUGUGGCAAAAUGGAGUUUUUAUCAAUGGUUUCAAUUUCUAUUUUAUUUGAUUACGGGCAAAUACAAUUUACUGAACAGAUUUUAAGUGGGUCUACGUAAAUCAAAAAUAGACACAUAUGUAAAGCUACAGGAUGUUAAAUAUUGUGCAGAAAGAUUUCCUUUUGUAACUCUUUUUUUAAUUUUCUUAGAUCCUUGUUAUAAAUUGUGCACUUAGGCAAGUGUGGAUACACUGAUGAAGAGUUCCAAAUAUCUGCUUUGAGCCUAAGUGGAUUCUUUGUACGGCAAAUUCUCUGCAUCCAUAAUUCCAAUGCACCCAGUUUGGGUUUGGGGCUGGUUUUUUAAGCUUCAUUCCAGCAGCAGCAAUUACUGCAAUCAUUAGACCAUCGGUUAUGGCACCGCCCAUAACUGAAGCGCCUUCCAAACGUCCAACAAACGCUGUCCCGUUUUCCGCCAAUUCCAUGCUCCCCCUCCGCGGGCUGCGGGGUCUUUUCUGUUAACUGGAAUAUUUGUCUAAUUAGAAUACCUCAUGCUGGCUAAGAGAAUUUACCGUGGGUCACUUAGGUUCCCAAGGGUCAGGUUUGUGUGGAGAAAAUGAUGGAGAACAAAGCCAUUUGUAAAGAGUUACUCACAACUACGUGGUGGAUAAUCCAUCAUGUGACACAAGACACCAAAAAUAAGGAGUUUCAUCUCAGUUGAUGAGCACUGUGCUACACUUUUCUUUUGUAAUGUGUAAUAAAGGGGUCCUUGGUCAUUGAGACUUUCUCCACCCGC